AUGCUAAAAUUACGAGUUUCUGUAGGGUCUUCUUAUGAUCCGUCUACUUACACCAUAAUCUCUCCAAAUAACGACGCAGACCCUCUUUUUCUAGACACACCAAACUUUACAGGCAGAAUUUGUGUUCGCAUAAGGGAUUUUCUAGGCAUCACGCCUCCAAAUACCACGAAAAUAUCAACAAGUCCUUACUUCGAAGGUAAUAAGGAUAAAUACUCGAUACAAGUUCAGGGGAAAUUUAAAGGGAAAUGGACCGCAAAUGAUAUUUUCUUUGGCAACGACUUUGACCGUAAGAUCAAGCUACCACGUAUAAGUUGGCUAGGCCUGAAAAUUCUAAAAUGGAUAGAUCCUUGUUUAGAGACAGAUCCUUAUUGCGACAAACCUUGGGCUUAUAGUCCAUUGUUUUUUACGGUCAAUACAUUAUGCGUCGAACAUCGGGAUCAAGAAGAUGAGUUGCCUCCGUGGCCUUCAUCUGAUGGCAGACACAUUGGAGAAAGCGCAAUUUAUGAUCCAGAUCUCAAGUUACCACUUUUUAGUGAUACUUCCUCACGUAAGAAAUAUUUUACUACGGAGGACAAUCGAAAGCGAUUUGGAAUUACCGAAGAGCAAAUUUGGAAUUUCGAUUUUUCGAAUCCUUACGUCGAUUUCAAUAAUAUUUCAGUCAAGCUCCCUGGACUUCAGCUAGGAAUAUUGCAAUAUUGGGAUGGACAGCCAUUUCGCUAUGUUUGUAAAUCACGUGAUUCGACCAUUGUCUUCUUUAUUGUUAUUUUUGAAUUAGUGGAAACGAAUGAAGAAAGUAGUGGUAACGAAAUGAAUGAGCAGCCUUUACCCAGGAAAAACCGAGCGGAACAUAAUCAGAGUGAUGAUGUUUUGACGCCUAAAUCUGAUGCAAGAUGGGCAUCGGUUAAAUCACCAUCAUAUAUACUUCCCUCUCGCCAAAUAAAGUAUUUCGAGAUGAGAACUGAUUAUCAUGUGCUUGGCGCACUCAAGAUCAGCAAAGUCACAUGA